AGAGAGAGAGAGAGAGAGAGAGAGAGAGAGAGAGAGAGAGAGAGAGAGAGAGAGAGAGAGAGAACGGACAAAUGACCUACCACGACCGCCACCCGGCCCUCACGCCGCAGGACGAGGCCUUCCUCGCGGCCAACCCGUGGAUCGCGCGGCUGUACCACGACCGGGCCACGUCGGUGCCCUUCAGCCCGGGCAGCCGGCACGAGCGGCCCACGCCGCCCGCCACGGCGCUGAACGAGCGCCUCUUCUCCCGCACCCUGCUCGACUCCGGGGCCGUCGCGCCGACCCUGGGGUGGCAUGCGCCGCUGGACUUUGCGAGCGUCGAGGCUGCCGUCGCGAAGCAGGAGCAGGAGCAGGAGGCUGCUGCUGCUGAGUCAAACGGGGUAGAAGGAGAAGCAGGAGGGGUCAGCACGGCAGAGGAGAAGAAAGGGGACAUGUACCUGAUCCCCGAGGCGACAAUGGCGUUUGACCUAGGCGAAGGGCUGCGCGGGUUCCAGGGCGUCACGCACGGGGGCAUGUUUGCCGUGCUGAUCGACGAGUGCGUGGGCAACUACCUCGCGCUCAACCAGGCGGUGAGCGUCAAGGCCGAGCAGGGCGGGUUCGGUAAAGAGAGGGGCCAGAGGCUGUGCAAGAGGCUGGCUGGCUUGGGCGGGACCACGGCGUACACGGUCGGCAUGGACGUGCGGUUUCUCAAGCCGAUCGCGGUGCCCGCGGCGGUGGUGGUCAGGACUUGGCUGGGGAGCAUUACGGGGCGUAAGAUUGUGGUCAAGAGUGUGAUUGAAGGGGAAGGGGGAGUUCGGUAUGGGACGUGUGACUCGACGUGGAUCGUGGUCAAGUUGCCAAAGAGCAAGAUCUGAUUAUAGAUGGGUUUGCACUUAGAUCAAGCAAGGACUGGGCGAGGGCAAUGGGAAGAUGCCAAGGGUAGACGUUGGGCUGCUACUCCCACUCUCGAGGUUUAUUCUGUGUGCGUUGUUUGAGACAACAUGGGUUCAUUUUUGCGAUCCGUCCACCGCCCUCGACUCCGUAGCGAAGCAGACUGCAAAACCGACAGGCUCCCCUCAUGAUACAAAAUGCAAAAAGAAAACGUACGACACCGGGGAUUCGCUGGUCGUCACCGACCCAACUACUGAUCCGGCGGUAUCAAGCUUGUGUAAAC